UGUUCGUUCCUUCUUUUCCCAGCAGACAUCUUGACAGUUGGUCGUGUUAUUAGCACGUGUCCGUCUAUUUCCGAAAAAUAUAGAAGAAAAUGGAUAAACCAGUGGUUCUCUCACGUGUGAUCAGGGUUUUGGGCCGUACCGGAUCACAGGGACAAUGUACCCAAGUUAAAGUUGAGUUCAUCGGAGAACAAAACCGUCAGAUCAUCCGCAACGUAAAGGGACCAGUUCGUGAAGGAGACAUCCUCACCCUCUUGGAAUCCGAACGUGAAGCCAGAAGAUUAAGAUAAUUUCUAUAUUAAAAGAUGCCCAAAUAAAAAAAGCCAAAAUUCGUUGGAAGCAAUGAAGAAGAUCAACUGGCAGAUAUGACUUUUAUAUUUUGUUUAUUAGAAAAAUAAAAACUAAAAUCUGGCUUUCCAACAAUAAACAAA